UUCAGAACAAUUCAGUAACUGAAGUUGGAUUGCAUCAGCCAUAUCGGUUGGAUGUGCGCAGUGAAUAUUUUUGGACAAUUGUCGGUGUUUUACACCACUUUCUUUAUUAUUAUCUUUAAUUUAAACAAAUGCACAACUCCGUGGCUUGGCGUCAGGAACCCAAUCCACGGUUUUAAACCUGUUAUCAAAAAGACAUAGAAUGGCGUAUGGACUAGCUUUAUAGGUCUACUGAGCCAAAAGAGCACCAAACCAAACCAGAACAAUUCAGUACUUCGUAUUCGGCGUCGACCUAACCUCCCUUGUAUAUUUAUAUUGUAUUGUUACAUGUGUUGUUUGAAAAAUUUGUUUAUACGAAAAUGACAGAAGAAAUGAUAGAAGAAGUUACUGACAGUGAUUGCAUGUUACGACCGAUGAGUUGCGAAAUUAAUUUGUUGUCGAGAUCUGAUGGAUCCGCAAUGUUUAUGCAAGGUGACACUGCAGUUAUCGCGGGUGUAAAUGGGCCUAUAGAAGCAAAAAGCCAAAAAAUGGUGCAUGAUAGAGUUUCUGUAGAAGUAACAUAUACACCACUCGGAGGACCAGCUAAGGUCGAUGAUAGAUUAAUAGAAACAUAUAUAAGAGAUUCUUGUGAAGCUGCUGUAUUACUUUCUGUUCAUCCUAAUACCAUGAUAUGCAUCAAUCUACAAGAGAUGGAAGAUUCUGGUGGGCUGUUGGCUUGUGCUAUUAAUGCAUCAUGUUUAGCACUAAUUAAUUCAGGACUCUCCAUGAAAUGUACUAUUGCAGCUAUAACCUGCAUGAUAGAAAAAGAAACGGGAGAGAUAAUUAUAGAUCCUAAUAGUACACAAUUAAAGACUGCAAAAGCGGAAUUUACCUAUAUAUUUGACAAUAUUAACAAAGAUGUCGUAUCCUGCCACAGUGUCGGCCGAUUCUCUCAAAGCGAGUUUUUAGCUUCCAUGGAUAAGUGUAGACAAGUCAGCCAGUAUGUGUUUGCUUAUUACAGAGAAGUCACAAGAAAGUACGCAAAUACAAUAUAACAAUAUUUUAUUUUUAAAUGAU